AUGAAAAGUCGUACUGAAUGUUCACCGAGAAUUAUUAAAAGAACCAACAUAAAAGCACAGACAGACGAUGCAAUUAAGUAUGGAUUUUACCGACAAAUUAAUCAUUUAUCUAUUGUGAGGCUAGAUAAUGAAACAGAUAAACUUAAUUAUUCGUCGUGGUUAACUCGAUUAGAUAAUGAAAAUUCAGCUUUAAAGAUGCAUCUUAUCAAAAUCUUAUUUAUAUCAUUAAGAAGUGAUAGAUCAUUUCAAAUGUUUUUAAAACCUCCACCCGAUGAUCUUAACGAUUUAGAAUUAAAUUCUGAUAAUACAAUGGAUAUGAUUAAAUACUUACAAGAUAAUAAUAUAGCUGAUGAACCGUUAAUUAACGAGGAUAACCCAGAAGAAAUUAAACACAAACGUUCUGCAGCUGUAGCUACAGAUAUGCGUUCUUAUACAACAAUUAAAACUUCACCUUACUUCGUACAAUCGUUUUAUGUAAGGUCAGACUUCCCAAUUUAUACAUGGUAUAAUCCAACGUCUAUUAAAUUGCCAAGUAGUUUUGAUCAUAACCAAUGGGAGCUAUAUCUAAAUCGUUUUCAAAUUUUAACCGAAAGUAAACAAUUCAAUAGUAAACACAGAAAUGAAUGUGAUGAUAUCAUUCCAAUUGACCAGAUAUCAAAAGAAGUUGCAACCGCUUUUAGUUGGCAUCCUUAUAGUAUUCUGAGUAAUGAAGUUAAUAGACCUAAACGAACACCAGGCUAUAUUGAAAUUGAUGUAAAUAUAGCAAACCAACAGUGCAACCAACAGCAAAUAGAUGAUGCUGCGUUUGCAGUAGUGUAUUGUAAAGUAUUCCCUGGUAACAAGAUUUUAGACCCAAAACUGUAUUCUAUUACUUUAAUUCCGGAUGCAAAAUUUAUUUAUAAAAUGACUGGUGUAACAUUAGUUGAUUAUUCCAAUCUUAAGUCAAAAAAAGAAGAUCCACAACCAAAUGCUUGUAAAUUAAAACAAAGAAAACGGAUUCCAAAAAAUAGCUGUGAAGUUAAUGACGGUACACUAUCAUUACCGGAACAACGGUCAUCACCAACGCGAACCGUCACUUCGGGGUUAACGUGUUCAGACAUGAGUGCCACUCAACACCAUCAAUCUGCUGGGUGCAACGAUAAUAGAUUCAACGCAUCCGCCGCCAACUGUAAUCCAGUCGUCAUUACAGAAGACCGGCCCAGGACCCUGACGUCGGAGAGGGCGAUCAACAACUGUCCAGCAGUAAUGCGCGCACGGUCACCGCCAUCAACACCGUUACCGCCGCUAUCAAUACCGUCACCACCAUCACCACCAUCGCUGCCGUCGCCGCCAUCACCGCCAUCGCCUUCACACUCGUUACUGCCGUCACCGCCACCAUCAACGCCCUCACACUCGUCACUGCCGUCACCGCCGUCACCGUCGCAGUCAACGCCAUCACCGCCGUCACCGCCAUCGCCAAUCAACGAGUAUCGCGCAUCUGCCGCCGACUGGAAUCCAGACGUCCCUACCUAUUCCGCGUUUUCAGACAGGCGUAUUACAGAAGACCAAUCGCGAUUUAUGACGUCCGAGAGGAUAGUCAACGACCGUCCGGCUGUAAUGUGUGCGCCCCCGUCGCCGCCAUCUGCGCCGUCACCACCACCGCCGGCCAACGAUUUUCGCGCAGACAACGCUGACCUAUCGGACAGCAGCUCAGGCACGCCAAGCUAUUACUCCGGACAAUCGGGCCAGUUCCGUCGAUGUGGCCGGAGUAUUAUGCAGACCGGUGACCACAAUAGGUCGGAGUCUCUGUCCACGUUGACAUCGGACGACAGUUCGGUUAAUCACAAUACGGUGGGACUCGUAGGGAGUCGCUCUCCCCACCGACAUGUGAAUUACGAUCGCCGGAUUAACAAUAUGAUGAGGGAAAUGAUGAAUGACAGCGAUUAUCAGUUCGAGCCCGAAAAUACGAACAAUAGCCACGACUACAGCUUCCAGGACGACUUCUACCGUAGCCCCAACACGGACGCUGUCGUCUGGCCGCCCCCUUACGAUAGCGUCAGUGACGUGAGUAUGCCAGGCCCGGCGAUUAUCGGUCCCUGGUCGUUGUCGAAUCACACGUCGAGAAGUGACCGAGUUAUGGAAAAUGACGUCUCGAGAAUUUCGGAUCGGUACGAUACGUCCUGUUCGGAGGAUGAUGUUGCGUCGGGGCAGGACGACUACGACGAUCGCCCGGACGUGCCGCACAACAGCUUCGAAUGA